AUGAAUAGCAAUUUUAAUUCACGCAAACUGCUGACCAACUUUGACUCGAAAAAUGGACUCAAGUUGACUCAGGUGAGGACACACUGCUUCCUGUCACGUCUGCUCAUCCUAAUCACCUGUUUCGGACCAGUUUUCCCGCUCCAUGUCCCUCCAGUGACAACAGGUCUCCACUCUGCAUUCUCAGCCACACGAACCACCAGUGUAGUGGGAGGCAAGCAGAGGGCGGUGACCUUUGACAAGCUCCUGGUCAACAUCGGAGGAGAUUUUAAUCCGGACAGCGGUCUGUUCCGUUGCCGUAUCCCUGGAGCUUACUAUUUCUCCUACUCUGUUGGCAAGUUCCCAAAGAAAAUGCUCUCUGUCAUACUGGUGAAGAACAGAGGGGAGGUGCAGGCGAUAGCAUUUGAUGAUUACCGCAAGAAAGGAAGGAAAGUUGAAAGCCAAAGCAUCAUGAUUAGUUUGAAGCCAAUGGAUACAGUGUGGUUGCUUUUACAGCAAAACCCCCAGUUUGCUUUGUACAGCAACGCCGGCCCGUACAUUACCUUCUCUGGAUACCUGGUCUACCCUGAUAGCUCCCCAACCACCUAUAUCAGCAACCACCUGUCCCCACCAGACCUGUCCUACCAGAACUGUCCCCCCCAGUCUGAUCCCUACUACAAAUGGGAAAGAGGUCAGGUAUUAGAGCCGCCACGUUCUGCCUUCUCCAUGGCACGGACCUCCCCAGUCCUGGGUGAAAGCAGCUGGCAGCAGGUCAAGCUGCCCCUGACAUUUGAUGUUGAAUAUGUCAAUGUCGGAGGUCAUUUCAAUAAAACGUCAGGCCUCUUUACCUGCCGCUUCCCAGGGGUCUACUACUUUGCUUUUACUGUGGGUAAGCACCCACGCAAGGCGGUGUCGGUGAAGCUGAUGACUGGGAAAGGUGAAGUGCAGGCCAUGGUGUUUGAUGAAGACACGUCAAAGCGUCGCGAGAUGCAGAGUCAGAGUUUGCUGCUGUCACUCCGCUGGGGCGACAUUGUGUGGUUGUACAGCCAGCAGGACGAGCAUUUUGCAGUGUACAGCAACCAGGGUAGGUACACCACCUUUUCUGGUUUCCUGGUAUAUCCUGAAGCACAGGCACUCUCACCUUCCACCGCACAGGACAGAAAUCACCGUUAAGCUUCUCAACCUAUAUCUUAUGUUCAGAUAGGAUGGAAAAGAACACACAGCUUGUGUUGAUGAUUUUAGUAGGUUACUUCUAUGUAGAAUAGGCAGAAACCAUAAAUAAUGGGAAUGUGGUGUUUGUACUUUGAAUGCAUUUUUAUUGUUGGACUGGAUAACAGUUGCUGCCUAAUGUCUCCACUAGAUGGAGGUGUUAAACAAUUAUUACCUUGUUUCUUAAUCCAACAGAAACACUCAUUAAAGGACAAGUUCACUUUUUUGACAACCUUGGUGAACAAGCAAGCGUCUGAGUGCUCUACUCACAUUUC